AAACGGCGUUAAAAGAAAGCGAAGAAGGACUAUAACUCUGCUCACUCAUUUUCCCAGUGUUGGGGCGUCUGAGACUGAGAGUAAACAUGGAAACCAAUUCUUCUCCUUCGUUCAAGAUAAUCUUGGGCUCAUCUUCGAUAGCUCGCCGGAAAAUUUUGGCUGAAAUGGGAUAUGAAUUCACACUCAUGACUGCAGACAUUGACGAAAAAAGCAUCCGAAAGGAGAAACCGGAAGAGUUGGUUAUGGUUCUUGCUCAGGCAAAGGCUGAUGCAAUCAUAUCGAAAAUACAAACUACCCAUAGUAAAGAGAAGGAUGCUGAACCAACAAUUGUAAUUGCGGCAGAUACACUGAUGGAAACUUCUCAGGCAGAAGCCAUCCGGCCUAAGCUCCCAGUUGAUGACUACGUAAAGGAUGCUGAACCAACGCUAUUAAUUACCUCUGAUCAAGUGGUAGUCUAUGAAGGUGCUGUCAGGGAAAAACCAUCCAGCAAGGAAGAAGCACGGCAAUUUUUGAAAGACUAUUCUGGAGGACAUGCAGCAACAGUGGGAUCUGUGCUUGUUACAAACCUUAAAACAGGAUUCAGUAAAGGAGAAUGGGACCGAGUGGAGAUCUAUUUCCAUGAAAUACCAGAUGAAGCCAUUGAGAAGCUGAUUGAGGAAGGGACGGUGCUCAAAGUUGCCGGGGGACUGAUAAUAGAGCAUCCUCUGAUUCUUCCCUUUGUCAAAGAAGUGGUAGGGACUACUGAUAGUGUGAUGGGACUUCCAAAAGAUAUAACGGAGAGACUUCUUAAAGAAGCUCUGUAGCUGCAAUAGGCGAUUUGAGAUUUCUUUCUUUUACCUGGUAUCUAUCUAAUUGGCACGUUCUUGUGUUCUCCUUGUAUACGCAUCUGUUGUGAACUAAUUUAGCUUGUUAAGACUAAUUGUUUACCCUCUACUUCAUAUUGUAUUAUUGGUCUUUUUUC